GUGCUGCUGUUGCUCAAAACAUAAGCAGCAGACGGCAAAGCCCGUGGAAUUAAUCCAACACAAAUGAAAAGCAGCAAUCACAAUAACGCUAUUACGCGUUUAGGUGAUGCUUUACGCCUGGCCACGCGUAUGUUUUUGUUCCAGUGCGAGGGCUUUCCGCGGGCAUGAGGUGGCACAGAGCGGAUAUGGCGCUCUUUCUAAAUUAAUAAGAGAUGAAAGCGACUGGAUCCAGACUGGCACGCCGUGCGCACGGAUAUAGACCGACAUUGGGCAGUAAAUAUCAUUUGGGUUUCUUUUAGUCCGGUGUUCGGGAAGGUUUGGUCUGGUUGUUGUGCCGUUGACACGGAUGGCUUAGGAGAAGGAAGAGGAGAGGGACGUUCAACACGAAACCUGUGAGAAGCGCUCUGGAUCCCGCACUGAAAUCCGCACAGAGGCCCGUGGUCCUUUACAGCGCCCAUCAGCUAUUCAGUCCAUCCCGGUGUUUAUGUUUCAGUAUACUCGCUGUCUGAAAUUCAUCCUCAGAUUCAUUUGAUUGUACCAUUUUUCCUCCAUUUACGUCUAUGGUAUCUGCCCCAUUGACCAACCCCAGCAUCGCAGGAAUCCUUUUCUGUUUCAACCCAUCUUCUGAACCUGAAAAUAAAAGCGGAGAUCAGAUUUAUUAUAUCACAAAUUCAAUUCUUAUUGCAAUUUUGGUUUUCACAAAUGGACAGGAGAAAUCCAGCCUGCAUCAGACAGAGGAAGCAAUAAUGCCGAUAGCAGGAGAUGUCCAAUUUUCAUUCAGACAGCAAUUUUAAGAGUGAUGAUACUGAGAAGGUUUUUUGUUCGUUUUAUUAUCUGCUUACCAUCUUUCCAUGAUAUUAUUCCUUGGAGAGUCUGAAUAUGUACCUUUGAGAGAUCUGGUUGGGAUCAUAUGCCCAGUGAGUUGGGUUUUGGAAGUCCAGCCUUCUUCUGGAUUGGAUGUCUUUAAGAUACCUUAAGAUCGUAAACACAAGGGUGUUUGGUAUGUUGGAAAUGGAUAAUAGAUGCCAAACCCAAGCUCCAGAGAACUUGGAAAAGGAGAAAAACUUUCCAAACUAGGGCCUGAGUGGGUUUGUUGGCCCUUUUUGGGCCUCAAUCCAAAUCUCAACCUUUUUCGUCCCAUUUUUCUGCAUGUUUGACACCCUUUUCUUACUCCCUAACCUCCACCAUUCCUUGAAGACUCUGAAUAUGGACCUUUGAGAGAUCUGACUGGGAUCAGACAUCCAGUGAGUUGGGUUUUGAAGCCCAGGCUUCUUCUGGAUUGGAUAUGUCAAGGUCAUAAACUCAAGGGUGUUGGAUAUUUUGGAAGUGAAUUAUAGAUGCCAAACCCUACUUCCAGAAAACAUUUUGAGAAGGAGAAAAACUCUGCAAACUAGGACUGUGAGUGGGUUUGUUGGCCCCUUUUGGGCCUCAACCCAAAUCUCAACUUCUUCGCCCCAUUUUUCUGCACAUUUGGCACCCAUUUCAUUCUUCCCUGACCUCCACCAUUCCUUGAAGACUCUGAAGAUAGACCUUUAAGAGAUCAGCCUAGGAUCAGACACCCAGUAAGUUGGGUUUGGAUGCCCAGGCUUCUUUAGGAUUGGAUGUGUAAAGGUCGUAAACUCAAGGGUGUUGGAUAUUUCGGAAGUGGAUUAUAGAUGCCAAACUUUCUCGAAGACCUUCGAGAAAUCUAGAUGGCAUCAGACAACAUGUGAGCUGGAUUUGGGAUGCCCAGCCCAACUCUUUCUUUCCGGGAUUGGAUGCUUAUUAUAUUUCUCAAGGGUGUUGGAUAUUUUGGAAGUGGAUUAUCUUUUUAGAUGCCAAAUCCCACUUCCAGGGAACUUUUAUAAGGAGAAGACCUCUGAAAAGUAGGGCUGUGAGUGUGUAUUUUGACACUUUUUUUGGGCCCAAACCCAAAUCUCAACCCUGUUUUGUGCCCAUUUGGCACCCAUUUCUUGCCCCCGUCUCUAUACGACCUCCACCAUUCGCCCCUCGCUAGCCACGGCAGUCCUCCCUCCCCGUUCCCGCCCCCACCCUCACCCUCCUCAUCACCCGACCCCUUCCCCUCACCACACUCCUCACCCCUCUACCCAAGUCACUAUGGCCACUGGCACUACCACCACUGCCCGUGAACACCUCCUAGUGGUGCGGAGGCGCAGCCCACAUAUGCGCUACACGCUAAGCCCAGAGAAUCUCCGCAGCCUCUCAGCGCAGAGUGGUUCUGGGAAUGUGGGGAGUUCUAGAGGAGGACCCCCAGAACCAAUGGGCCUACAGCGUGCCAACAGUGACACCAACCUGGUGACGUCGGACAGCCGUUCCUCUUUAACAGCCUCGACGUACCAGUUCACGCUUGGGCGAGGACAAAACCUGGUCAUCUCUUGGGACAUUAAGGAGGAAGUGGAUGCCACUGACUGGAUUGGGCUGUACCAUAUAGAUGAGACAUGUCCUGCUAAUGUUUGGGAUUCGAAGAACCGUGGCGUGAACGGCACUCAGAGGGGGCAGAUCGUCUGGAGGUUGGAGCCUGGGCAAUACUUCAUGGAGCCUGAGACCAAAAUCUGUUUCAAAUAUUACCAUGGAGUGAGUGGAGCGUUGAGGGCCACAACAUCCUGCAUCACAGUCAAAAACCCUGGAGUUACAUUGGGCGUAGAAGGGCAGGUGGAUGGCCAGUCUGUAACAGAACACUGCAGGAAAUUGGUCAGCUUUACUCUAUCAGAUAUCAGGGCUCAGGGUUUGAAGAAGGGCAUGUUUUUUAAUCCUGACCCCUAUCUGAAGAUGAGCAUUCAGCCAGGCAAGAGGAACGGCUUCCCAACAUUUACCCACCACGGCCAAGAGAGACGAACCUCCAUCAUAUCCAACACCACCAACCCUGUGUGGCACGGAGAGAAAUACACUUUUGUUGCAUUGAUGACGGAUGUUUUUGAAAUUGAAGUCAAGGACAAAUUUGCCAAAAGUCGCCCGAUCAUCAAACGCUUUUUAGGUCAGCUGAUAAUACCGGUGCAAAGACUGCUGGAGAGACAUGCAGCAGGGGAUCAACAUGUAAGCUACACACUUUGUCGUCGUUUGCCGACGGAACAUGUGAGUGGGCAACUUCACUUCAGAGUGGAGAUCACCUCCAACGGACAUGAAGAGGGGGUCAUGGGGUCUCUGAUUGGAGCGUCCUCUGUGAACGGAGACCCUGGCAGCCCAUCGGACGAUGAGGACGUGUUGCAUCCUGCCUCUCACAUAACACGAGGCCCCUCGCCCACCGGCUCUGAAGGGUCCCUGCAUGGUGAUGCCUUUAGGACAGACCAGUGCUCGUUAGACCCUGAUGAAGAUAGGCUUUUAAGAGAUGGGGUCCCAGACUUGGCUGAAGGAACCCCAGGCCUCACUCACCGCCAGGCCUCACUUAAUGACUAUCUGGAUGCCAUUGAGGCCCCUAAGGGCCCUGGAGACAGGCCGCUGGGGGCCACAUCCCCGAAACUACGUUCAAGUUUCCCAACAGACACUAGACUCAAUACUAUGUUACAUAUAGACUCUGAUGAAGAUGAGGAAGGACAUGCCUCCCGUGAUACCGCAUUGACCAAUAGGGCUCAAGGAGCUAAUGGACAUGCCGCCUCUGAACAGAACAAGGGGAAGGGUCCUUCUAAAGACAGGAUGAAAAUUGAGUCAGAAGCAGCGAGCAGCACCACAUAUACGGAGGCCACUGUGUCGGGGUCAAGUAGUAGCACAGCAAAAAGCCAAAAUGGAGAUGCUGAGGGCAGUCAGGAAGGAGUUACCACCGCUGGAGACGUGACUCAAACCACUGCCAGCUGUCAGCAGACAGCUCCAAAAAUAAAGGAUGAAGAGGAAGUUGCACCCAAAGCAGGAACCAGGGAAGAGGUUGUUGUAUCUUUGGAGGCCUCUGAGACGUCAGCAACUGCUAGUAAUGUAGCUACUGAAGGGUGCGGGGCCACUGCAGCAAAGCAAUCAGAGCAGGGGUGUUCUAACGAGGCAGCCAAUGGGGAAGAGGAAGAUGGAGAAAUCUGGCAGAGAAGGCAGAGUUUACAGGCAUCAGGGAACGCAUCAGAGUAUGAAGGGAUGGAAUCAACCAAUGAAGCGAGGAGGGUAGCUGACUCAGCACAAGCUGCCACGGUAACAGAUGGAGAGACAGGGGCCAGUGCUCAAGUGAACGGCCAUCAACCAAUGCGUUCACUCCCUUCAAUGCGUCAUGACAUCAGCCGCUACCAGAGAGUGGACGAACCUCUUCCACCAAAUUGGGAAGCUCGUAUUGACAGCCACGGGAGGAUUUUCUAUGUGGAUCAUGUGAACAGAACCACCACCUGGCAGCGGCCCACCGCCCCACCUGCACCUCAGGUCCUUCAGAGAUCCAACUCCAUUCAACAGAUGGAGCAGCUUAACCGAAGGUAUCAGAGUAUUCGAAGGACAAUAACCAAUGAAAGGACAGAUGAGCAAGCUGCAGAGAUUCCUUCAGAUGAUACUGACCUGCUGCAUCACUCCAUACCUGAGUAUCGUCGGGAUGGUGUGGUUGGGCCCACUAGUUCUCGCUCCCGUCUGUCUCUGCUGCUUCAGUCCCCCAGCGCCAAAUUUCUCACCAGCCCGGAUUUCUUCACCGUACUGCAUUCCAACCCUAGUGCCUACUGUAUGUUUACAAGCAACACGUGUCUGAAGCACAUGAUCAGUAAAGUGCGACGGGACGCGCAUCACUUUGAGCGCUACCAGCACAACCGCGACCUGGUGGCCUUCCUUAACAUGUUCGCCAACAAACAGCUGGAGCUCCCGCGGGGCUGGGAGAUGAAACACGACCACACGGGCAAGCCUUUUUUCGUGGAUCAUAACUGUAGGGCAACCACCUUCAUAGACCCGCGACUGCCUCUGCAGAGCGCCCGACCCAGCAGCCUCCUUGCCCACCGCCAGCACCUCAGCCGCCAGCGCAGUCACAGCGCAGGGGAGGUGAGCAACCGACGCCCGGUGGGUGAUGACCCUCGACACGCUGGACCCGCUGUACUGCCCCGCCCCACCAACACUUUCACAGCCAAUCGCAACCAGUGUCAAGAUUUAAUUCCUGUUGCCUAUAAUGAGAAAAUCGUGGCAUUUUUACGGCAGCCGAACAUAUUUGAGAUCCUACAGGAAAAACAGCCUGAGCUCAUUAGGAAUCAUGCACUCAGGGAGAAGGUGCAGUUUAUUCGUAAUGAAGGAGCAUCUGGUUUAGCUCGACUCUCCAGUGAUGCAGACUUAGUGAUUUUGCUCAGCUUGUUUGAGGAGGAAGUAAUGUCGUAUGUGCCACCUCAGGCCUUACUGCACCCCAGCUACUGUCAAUCACCGCGCGGGUCUCCAGUCUCUUCCCCUCAAAACUCUCCCGGAACACAACGAGCCAACGCACGGGCCCCUGCGCCAUACAAAAGAGACUUUGAAGCCAAACUUCGGAAUUUCUAUCGCAAACUGGAGUCUAAAGGCUACGGACAGGGUCCAGGCAAAGUCAAGUUAAUAAUCCGCAGAGACCACCUAUUGGAGGACGCCUUCAAUCAAAUCAUGUGCUACUCUCGCAAAGAUCUACAGAGAAGUAAACUCUACGUCAGCUUUGUUGGAGAGGAGGGACUGGAUUACAGUGGCCCAUCACGAGAGUUUUUCUUUCUGGUGUCUCGGGAGCUUUUUAACCCAUACUACGGUCUGUUUGAGUAUUCAGCCAAUGACACCUACACUGUCCAGAUCAGCCCAAUGUCUGCCUUCGUCGACAACCAUCAUGAGUGGUUUCGCUUUAGUGGGCGUAUUCUGGGUCUCGCUCUCAUCCACCAAUACCUGCUGGAUGCCUUCUUCACACGACCCUUCUACAAAGGUCUACUGCGAAUUCCAUGUGAGCUGAGUGAUUUAGAGUAUCUGGAUGAAGAGUUUCAUCAAAGUCUUCAGUGGAUGAAGGACAAUGACAUCGAGGACAUGCUGGACCUCACUUUCACCGUCAAUGAGGAAGUUUUCGGACAGAUCACAGAGCGGGAGCUGAAGCCGGGUGGCGCGAACAUCCCUGUGUCAGAGAAGAAUAAGAAAGAGUACAUUGAGCGCAUGGUGAAAUGGCGUAUAGAGAGAGGAGUCGUCCAGCAGACUGAGAGUCUCGUACGAGGCUUUUAUGAGGUUGUAGAUGCACGGCUGGUGUCAGUGUUUGAUGCACGAGAGCUGGAGCUGGUGAUUGCAGGAACGGCAGAAAUCGAUUUGGGAGACUGGAGAAACAACACAGAGUACAGAGGAGGUUACCAUGACAACCACAUUGUGAUUCGCUGGUUCUGGGCUGCAGUGGAGAGAUUCAACAAUGAGCAGAGACUCAGACUGCUUCAAUUUGUGACGGGGACUUCAAGUAUUCCGUACGAGGGUUUUGCCUCCCUCAGGGGCAGCAAUGGACCAAGGCGCUUCUGUGUAGAGAAGUGGGGGAAAAUCACAUCUCUGCCCAGGGCUCAUACGUGUUUCAAUCGCUUAGAUCUCCCCCCGUAUCCUUCGUUCUCCAUGCUGUAUGAGAAGAUGCUCACUGCAGUGGAGGAGACCAGCACAUUCGGCUUGGAGUGAAUGACCUUUGCACUUUGGCCUGAUCAAAUAUAUACUGCACUCACUUCCUGUUACCACUCUAGAAGAUUUGUAAGGAUUCAGAGCAAAGGAAGACUUUCUACCUUUUAAAAAGACACCAGAAGCACUUACAAGUAUAUUUUAUACACUGUAUCACUUAAAUAAGGAAAUACUUCAUCACUAAAAAACAGAAAAUGAACCACGCAGACCGGACAAGUAAAACUUUGAAAAUUACAGGCAAAAAAGACAAACUGGAUUCAUAGAAGAAAGUGUGAAUGUAUUCUAGUUGUUCCUCAGAGGUAAACUCGAUUAUUUGGUCAGUGGUGCCACUUUGAUUCGCUUUGGGCCCAAGGAAGUGGCCGGCCAAAGUUGAGUUAUUUACUGUAUUUAUUUUACAUUUAGUCAUUAGUAGACACUUUUAACCCAAAGCGACUUACAAAUGAGGAACAUAGCAAAAAUGAGGAAAAUAAACCCAAAGGACUUUCAAUAUUCAAACACUUUUUAUCUGUAAAAAGACUUUUAUACAGACCAUAGGAAUGCAGCGUGAAUUAACAAAUAUUGUGUUUUCAGAUGCCAUUGUUGUUUUGAAUCGCCUCAAGCACUAUCACACGACACGAAUGACAGCAUUGCCCAAUUUUUGUUGACAAAACACUCUAUAUUGAAUCGAAAUGUAUCCGUUUGCUCUUCUUUUUUAUCAGAUUUAUACAUUUGUUUCUUCUUUUUGGUUUGACACUGUUCUGUUCAUGCAGGUGCCAGUAGUUGUCGUCAAAUUUGUGGCACUUCUUUGAAUGAAUUGGGUAUGCCUAUACUCACACAAACACACACAAAUGUUUUGAAAGGGCAUGUUACACAAAAGUGCACUCUCGUACGCACUCAAACAUCAUGAAUGUGACCACUAUGUGCAAAUCAUCAAAAAUGUGCUGGAAGCUGACUAGAAGAAUGACAUUUUGGAGGAGAAAAUAAUAAUAUGAUAUUGAAGCUUCUGGAAAAACAUCUAGGGGUUUUAACUUGAUGGUUUUUAUUCCAAUUACCUUGCUUUCUUCUUCUGAGAAAUCUCAAGUUUGAUUUCUGAUGACAUUAUGAAAGAGAGGAGGACACAAAACCGAUUUUCUACUUGAAUGGUCACAUCCCCUUUAAAUAAACCUAUAGACACCAUUAAAAGAAAGAAUUACCUAAAAAAAAUUAAACUUCUGUCAUUUACACUCAUGUCGUUCCAAACCCAUAUGACUUCUUUCUUUCGUUAAAUAUGAAAGGAGAUGUUUUGAAAAGUAGUCUUGCUGCUCUUUUCUAUGCAAUGAAAGUGGAUGGUGACUGAUGCUUUCAAGCUCUUAAAAAUGACUCAAAAGCACUUUAAAAGCAGUUUCAAGCCUCCUAAUAAAAAUAUAUUAGCUUUGUGUGAAGAGAAGACAUUGUUAUAUAUGUGGUAGAUCGCAAAUCUGAUUUGAUCUUGCGCAUAUUCAAAAUAUUAAAACUUUUGUAGUACUUUAAUGGUGCUAUUUUUUUCAUUUUUGGAGCUCAGCAUCGUCUGUCCACUUAAAUUGUAUGGAAAAGAGCACUGUCAACAUUUUGCAAAAUGUCUCCUUUUGUGCUCCACAGAAGAAAGAACGUCAUAAGUGUUUGGAAUGACAUGAGGUUGAGUAAAGUAUGACAGUUUUCAUUUUGGGUGAACUAUUCAUUUACUAUUCUUUUUAUACCCUAAUAGCUUAAGUGUGACAUGAAUGAACUCCACUUUUUAUAAUUUUUUUAUCCCCUUUUCUCCCAAUUUGGAAUGCCCAAUUCCCACUACUUAGUAGAUCCUCAUGGUGGCACGGUUACUCACCUCAAUCCGGGUGGCGGAGGACAAGUCUCCGUUGCCUCCGCUUCUGAGACAGUCAAUUCAUGCAUCUUAUGAUGUGGCUUGUUGUACAUGACACCGUGGAGACUCCCAGCAUGUGGAGGCUCAUGCUACUCUCCGCGAUCCACGCACAACUUACCACAUGCCCCAUUGAGAGCGAGAACCACUAAUCGCGACCACGAGGAGGUUACCCCAUGUGACUCUACCCUCCCUAGCAACUGGGCCAAUUUGGUUGCUUAGAAGACCUGGCUGGAGUCACUCAGCACACCCUAGAUUCCAACUCGCGACUCCAGGGGUGGUAGUCAGCAUCAAUACUCACCGAGCUACCCGGGCCCCCUACGAACUCCACUUUCUUGAAUGUUUUUUUUUCAUCCACUUCUGUUGAAUAGUGUUUUCUUGCAUUAUGUGAAACCGAGAAAUAUCAACCACCAGAGAAAACAUAUCAAUACAUCCCAGAUCUUUCCAUUUGAGUUAAUGCAACAAAGCCUUUUACAAAACACUGCCGUGGCUGUGCGCCUCUGGAUUGUACUCUUGUUUUGAGUGUUUUGUAUUUGGAUACAUUUUGUGUACACUAUAUCUCUUCUAGUAAAAACUGGUGUAGUUAAAACUGCCAUGGGGCUUUACGAGGUCUAUCAAAUUUUGGAAUAGCAACAGAAAAAAAUGUUGAUCAUAUAAUUUUUCAUUCAAUUUGAUUAUGGUUGACAUUAAUGCAAACCAGAUACCAGUAGAUCUUCAUCUUUUUUGUAAUAAGGCUUUUGCUGUGCGUUGCCGAUGUUUGUGCUGAAUGUACCAAAGGUUAAGGGAUGGUUGUCCCAAACCCUAUUUUAUGUAAUCACUAAUUGUUUUAUUUGAAUAAAUAUUUGGAGAAUUUAAAGACAAGAAUAAAAAGAAAAUCUUUUUAAUCAAUGAGAAUGUUUAGUUAUCGGUGUUCUGAUCAGUGCUGUUGUAUACUGAUCUAAAACUAAUAUAUGAAGGAAACUACUGUAAAAGAGAUCAGAGGACAGGAGGAUAAAUUAACAGGAAACAAUACAAACAUUGUUCAUACUUUUUGAAUUGAAAGUUGCUAAUCUCACUUCCCUUUUGCACCAAUCACAUGCUCUGAAAAUCGUGACUGUUGAUUGGCUUUCGGAGCUCCACUUUUAAGUUUUUAUCUUUUUGUUUCAUCACAGACAAUUUUAUAAAGCUGCUAAUCUCUAGAGUCUUCAUUCUUCAGCUGAUAUGUGAUUACGAGAAGGAAAUUACAUUAAAAUAUACAGUUUCAUGUUUA